AUGAAUUACUCAACUUGGCUAGGAUUAGAUAUACCCAAAAUACCUGCUUCUAAAAGUGAAUACAGACGGUUAGUUAUUAGAAAUCCAAGGGACGCGUUUUUGAAGUAUGACGAGAUUGAUGCUAACAGUGUGCUUCUUGCGAAAGGAGUAGAUUUACAGUUCAACUCAGCAGAGAUUGCCAAGCCUAAAUCAAACUCAAGGAAAGUUGUUGAUGAGCUGAAACCACCAUCUAAACGUAAUAGUGAUGAAGCCAAAGGUGAAGCUGAAUCUUCAGAUCAAACUCAUAAAAUUGAACUGAAGGCAGAAACCACCGAAUCUGAUUACUGGUGCACUCCAUCUAUUUCAGACCUAUCGAAGUUGUCCUCACUUGAGUUAACUCAUGUGCAAAAUUUUUCUGCAGGUAGAAAGAAUCACGGGAACUUGAUGUUCAAAUAUCCUGUUGACCUUACAGCAUUUGAAGGACGCUGGGACAGUUUGUUGAGUAGAACAAUUGUUUUCCAGAAUCGGAUUUUACAAGUCUAUCCCGAUGAAGCUGAAAAGCCAUCACAAGGCAAUGGGUUGAAUGUUCCAGCUGUUAUCACUCUUGAAAAUGUUUUCCCAAAAAAGUAUGAUCCAAAACAUCCUAAUUUUGAGUUGCUUGAGCGUCACAUAGAGAGACUAAAGUCGGCACAUGGUAUGAAAUUUAUCAGCUUUGAUUCUUUAACAGGUAACUACGUGUUUGAGGUUGAGCAUUUUUCCAUUUGGGGAAUAAUUGAUGAAGAGGAAGACGACCCUGAAAUAGUUGCCAGGUGGCUUAAACAGCAAGAACUAGAACAAAACAAUGAGAAAAGGAAACAUGAACUUCAAAUCAACGCCUUGGAAAAAAUUGCAGGAUAUGGUCAGCCUGGCGAUAACUGGAAAAGGAAAAAACCUGAUUUCGGUCUAAUCACACCCGGUGCAAUCGACUUCAAUAAGCAAGAAAAUGAGAUUGAUGACGAUAUUUUGAUACCUAACAAUGAAGGAGAUGCGUUAGAAUUGCUGAAAACCAGCCCGCAUUUGGAUGACAUUGACGAUUUGGUUGAGAUCCGUGCCUAUGAACCAGAAGUUAAAGAUGUAGAUAUGCAGUUCAUUCGUCCUAAAACAGAAUUGGCUAUUAGUGACAACUGGGAUGAGCAACUGUCAUUAUCGAACGGAUUCUUCUCAGUGUUCAACCGAAAUUUAGAUCAACGGCAUAACGCUAAGCUUAAUCCAAAACACGUUGGUGAGUUGAUCUUCGGAGAUAAAGAUGUCUCCAAGUUGAAGAAAGCGGCCAUUGAACCACCUUUUAACUUCGAAAAUAGUUUGCAUUACCAGAAGUGCUUACAAGCAGAAAUGUUUGAAAGUGAAUUUACUUUAAGAAGUAACGGUUUACCCCAAGUUGUUGAAAAUCUUGAAAUAUCGUUACAUAUUCCCUUACUAAGUUUUGAGAACAGCAGCGAUUAUAAUUUUUGGGAACUUCUAUCCAUUAUUUAUGAUGAUAGCUAUCUCAAGUCAUUUCUCAGUUCCCAGUUAGUGGAAGAAUGUGAAAACUUGAAGCCAAAGUUGGAGUACAUACAAGGAUUGAAAAGAAAAGAACUUCUAUGCAGAUUUUUGCAGAAACUGAUUUUACUCGAUCUCGAAUCUAACUUUGGUUCAAGUGUUUUUUCCAGAGACACUUUAGAUAAGAUAUAUCAUUUUGUUUGCACUGACAAGCUUGCAGACGCAAUUCAGUAUGCGGUUAAUACAAAGAAUAACCAUAUAGCCGUUCUGUUGACUAUGUUGGACUCAGAUGAUAGUACAGUUCACAAACUAGCAAAAUCGCAGCUAACUGUAUGGUCACAAGAAUUAGUAGGAUUUAUUCCGUCAAGCAUUUUGAAAAUAUACAAAUUAUUAUCAGGUGAGAUUUUAAGCAAAGAACACAUAGAUCAUCUAGAAGGGUUGACAUGGCCAGUGGUUUUAUUUUUGAUGAUAAAAUUUGGUGACUCCAAUAAACCAUUGAAUGAGACAAUUAAAGAAUUUGUACAUUAUGCAGAGAAAACAGGUAUCUCGAGAUUACCAAUUUUCCAGACACAUUUCACGAUUUUGAAAAUGAUGAACUCGAGCAGAGACGUUCUUGCUACUUUUGAUGUCGAGCUGCAAUUCUUAUUGAUGAAACAUUUAAAAAAAUUUAUUCAAUUUACAGCUGAAGAAUUUGACAUCAUUAUCCAAAAGUUUGCCGAAAAGUUAGAGAAGAAGGCAAUGACAAAAGAAGCUUCUUUUGUUUUGGAACAUUUGAAUAAUGAUGAGAUAGCUAAGGACAAAAUAACAAAAUUGUUUUACAACAACGUCUCAAACCUUGGCUUUUUAGAAAAUGACAAAAAAUUAAAUGAACUCCACGAAAUUCUGCACAUUCCUGAUACGCUGCUACAUGAAGCACGUUCAGCUGAGUAUAGUAAUCUUGGAAAGUUUUACAAGAGCACGCUGGAAUUGAUACUAGCUGGAAAUCUAUGCAAAGCGCAUGACCUCACGUUGGAAAAGGUUGCGCCUGAAAUCAUUAUAAGGAAUGUUCCAAACGAGCUUGAUCGACUCUCGAGAUUGGUGGAAAAAUUUUCAACAUUGAGUGUAUCAAAAGUGGGAUCUGCCGUAUACGGUGACUAUAUCAAGAUGAUAGCACUCUCCGGCGCCGUGGAUGAUGAUUCCAACGAUUACAAUGCGAAGAAAGAGAAGCUAAGAUUUGCGUUUGACAGUGUUUUGAAUGGUAUAACAUCUCUUGCUGAUACCAACCAAACUGUGAAAGUUGCUAAAACUAUAAUGAUUAAAAAGCUAGUUAGUGUUGCUUUCAAGGAAGAGAUUAACAUAGAUGCAGAGCAGUUUUUACGUUUAGAACUACCAGAAAGUGAAAAGAAUUACUUGGAGGCGAAAUUUGAUAAUCCAGAUGGAAAGAAGCUACUCACUAAUUAG